AUGGGGAAUGCCCGCGGACACGUGGCCUCCAACCUGGCUCCCUCCUCCACCAACAAUGCUACCAUUCCCUUUGCCAGUCCCGAUGUCUCCAUACUAAACUACCAAUCUGCACUCUACCAGCCCUCUGCAGCCUCCAUGGCGGCCGUGGCCCAGAGGAGCAUGCCCCUGCAGGCAGGAGCGCCACAGAUCUGCACCGCCAGGCCAGACCCCUUCCAGCAGGCUCUCAUCGUCUGCCCGCCCGGCUUCCAAGGACUGCAGGCGUCGCCGUCUAAGCACACCAGUUACUCUGUGCGGAUGGAAAACGCCGUUCCCAUCGUGACACAAGCCCCCGGUGCCCAACCCCUUCAGAUCCAACCUGGCCUCCUCACACAGCAGGCCUGGCCCAGUGGUACGCAACAAAUCCUCCUCCCUCCAGCGUGGCAGCAGCUCACCCACACCUCAGUCCAGCACGCCACGGUCAUCCCAGAGUCCAUGGGCAACGGGCAGCCUCUCGCCAACUGGAGGAACCCCCAUCCCCACGGCAGCCAUUACAAUCCCAUCAUGCAGCAGCCGGCCUUGUUGACUGGUCACGUCACGCUCCCAUCCAACCAGACGCUUAAUGUGGGGGUGGCUCACGUUAUGAGGCAGCCCACCACCAACUCCUCCAAAAAGAACAAGCAGCACCAGAUGUCGAGCAGGAACAUGUCGUCGUACGAAGUGUCGUCCUCGCAGGCCGUCCUCUCCCCUCAGCGCUCCAAGAGGGUGAAAGAGAACACCCCUCCGCGAUGUGCCGUGCUGCAGAACUGCCCCGUGUCCCAGGGCUGUGGAGGAGGCUGGGGGCAGACGGACCCAGAGCAGGCCUCCUCCACCACCCGCGACCACCAGCACCAUGCCCCCCGACAGACCAUCAUCAUCCCAGACACACCCAGCCCGGCCGUCAGCAUCAUCACCAUCAGCAGCGACACGGACGAGGAAGACGAACACAAGCAAAACAAUAGCUCAUCUUCAAAGCAUAGAAAGAAUGUCAUUAGCUGCGUGACAGUGCACGAUUCCCCGGAGUCUGACUGUUCAAGCCACAACAGCCCUUACGCGGUGGACUCCAGAACCGCCGCCGCCAACAACAAUAACAACCACCACAACAACCACUCGUACGACACCAAGACCACCAUCCUGGACAACUACCACAACGGAAACCCCCGCACCAUCAUCAUCCCACCCCUCAAGUCACAGACCAGCGAGGCUCCCAUCAGCGAGCGCCUCAUGCCAGAACCCAUGAACCACCAGAAUUCAUCCUACAAGUUUAAAUCAUCCAAUGGGGUUUUGUCGAGUCAUCACAUACAGGGGGUCCCUGGAGCCGGAGCCUAUCGUCAGCAGCGCACAGGGCCCCACCCACUCCAGCAGCAGCCCCUCAAUCUCAGCCAGGCGCAGCAGCACAUGGUCGCCGAGCGUAACCACCGUCGACAGCAGGCCUACAUCACCCCGACCAUCGCGCCGCAGCCGCCCUACUCCUUCCACCACAACAGCCCCUCCCAUGCGGCUAACGUGCACCCGCAUCUGGCCGCCACGCACCUCUCCAGCCAGCCGCACCUCUACACCUACGCGGGCCCCACCGGUCUGGGCUCCACCGGGACCGUAGCCCAUCUGGUGGCGUCCCAGGGCUCCGGGCGGCACGCAGUCCACCAACACGGCCCCUACCCGGCGGGCCUCGUCCACCAGGUGCCCGUGUCCAUGAGCCACCGUGUCCUGCCCUCGCCCACGCUUCACCACGGCCAGUACCAGGCCCAGUUUGCACAUCAGGCUUACAUCAGCGCCUCCCCCGCCUCCACUGUCUACACUGGAUACCCGCUGAGUCCCACUAAGGUCAACCAGUACCCGUACCUCUAG